CCCAGGAGAAAGGAAGGCGCUACAGUUCCGGGUCAGGCCCUUCUCCCGCCUCCCUCGGCCUUCGCUAUGGCUAGUGGCAGCGGCGCCGGGGCGUCGGCGUCGGCGGCAGCCAAUUUGAAUGCGGUGAGGGAGACCAUGGACGUUCUGCUUGAGAUUUCAAGAAUUUUGAAUACUGGCUUAGAUAUGGAAACAUUGUCUAUUUGUGUACGGCUUUGUGAACAAGGAAUUAACCCAGAAGCUUUAUCAUCUGUUAUUAAGGAACUUCGCAAGGCUACUGAAGCACUAAAGGCUCCUGAAAAUAUGACAAGCUGACUAACUGGAGAGAUCCUGAUGAGAUAUGUUAGAUUCUUCAAGAGGAUUUGAAGAUUGCAUUGUAGUCAAGAAUGUACAGUGAAAUUACUGCAUGCAGCAGUGUAGAAAAAUUUUCCUUUUAAAAAGAAUUAUAAAACCAUAGCUUUAUAAAUCAGUGGAAAGUGGCUUACAGAGAGUACUAUCAAAUGUGUCUGCAUCGCAUCUUAUUCACUUUUUUUUUAAUGGCCCUAAUGUUUUGGCAUUGCUGUUUAUAUUUAUGUAUUCCUUAUUUAUAGCUCUGAUAGCUUUAAUUUUCUAAGCAGUCUGUCUAUCAGAUGUGCACAUCUGCUGUGCCUGGUUGAAGUAUAGUGGGAACUCAUCAGUAUUGAUGUGUUGUAGUUAUGACUUGUUGACAUUUCCAUUAUAAACUUUAAUUUUGAAUUGUUUAUGCAUAAUAACUGUUGAUUUAUGUUGUAUCAGGCUGAAAGUUGACAGGAUUUUAGCCACCAUGUAUGAAUUUGUAUUUAAAUUCCCUAUGUAUACCAGAAUCUUGUUUUUUAAAAUAGGAGCAUAGAAAACAUUUCUUGUAAUCUGCUCUUUAACAGAGUAUGUUUAGUUUUUUAAACAGUUUCUGGACAGUUAAUAGUGUGAACUAGAUAAUUUUGUAUUGACUAAAAAAUAAAAUUUCUAGAAACUAAGAUUUUAAAAGUAAUAACAGUGCUUAGCUUAGUUUUGUUUGUAUUUUGAGUCAUUUACAUCUAAUAAGAAUAUUAAUUUAGAAUGUUUUUCUAAGUUUUAUAUUCUAUAAAUAAAGGCCUAAAAAUAAUGUAUAAAGUGAACUUGGGCAACAUGCAAAAUUCCUUUUUACUUUUAUUACAUAAAAGUAAUUGGAAUUCUUACCCAAUAAAUAUGAUGUGGAUAUAUAAUAAAUCAGUAGAUAGGUGGUGUGUUUUAAUGAGUGUGUAAUAUUUUCUGAAUAAGGAUUUUUAGUAAUUAAACAAAAACUAAUGAAAUGUAUGAGGAAUUAUAUGUAUGCCUUUCUAAAGUCAUUUGUGUCAUUUUUCCUUUUAAAGUUCUAACUCAUCAAAAUGAUGAUUCAAAAAUAAAUUUUAGAAAACUUAGGAUAUUAUUGGUUCUGUUCCUGUUACAGAGUCUAGUGGAAUAUUUUUUUGCAAGGCUAAUAUGGAUUUAAUCUCACUGUUGAUUAAAUUUUAGAUUUUGUUAGAUACCUUUUAAAUGAAUGGUAUUCAUUCUUCACUAAUGUUAUUUGUUGUUCAUACAAGCGGGAGUGGUUUUAAUAAGAUGUAGUGAAUUUAGAUAGGCACUUUCUCUGCCCUUUUUUUUUUUCUUUUCUUUUUCAGUGCUGGGGGUUGAACCCAGGGCCUUGUGCUUGCAAGGCAAGCACUCUCCCAACUGAGCUAUAUC